AUGGACCAGACACUACCUGCUGGAAUUCUUACAAAGACGUUGGUCAGAAGUCCUGUGGUGCAUUGGUUAUUGCAUGCCAGGCUCCGCGACGGCUAUCUGAAUGAUGUGGUGUUUGUCGGCUCAGACUUCAUUCAUGUCAAGCAUAUCGGCCAUGAAGGGCGGCUGCAGCACCUCGCCACGAAGGAUGAUUUCGACGCUCAGAUUCGAAGCGCGAAGGUCCUCAACAUCGAACAGAGUACACCAGAGGAGGAGUUGCUGGUCAAAGCCGAGAGAGGCAAUACUUCAACCAAAUCCACCAAGACACCGCCGGACUGCAUAUUACUGACCUUGUCCACCAACGACGUGCUCUUUCUCUAUCUCGACUCCAGCGAAGAUGGAUCUUUCCAAUUCAUCCAUCAAGCCUGCCCUUUACCGAGAUUUGAUCGAACCCUUUUCCAACCGGGUCAGCACCUUGCCGUCGAUCCGCAAUCGAGAGCACUGGCCGUGGCAGCACUUGAGCGGCAGGUCGUAUUAUAUUCAUUGAAACGCAAGGACAGAAUACAGCAUGAGCUGCAGACGAAGAAUCCCGACUGGUGUCCCGUCGCUACCGAGAGGCAGCUGCAAGUGCAAGGUGUCAUUCAGCAUAUGGAGUUUCUCAUCCCUCCCGAGAGGGACGAGGAUCAUAUCAUACUCCUGCUUAUCCUUACCGAUCAGAGAAGAAAUUUCGCUGUAUACUAUGACUGGUACUAUACGUCCGACAUUCAUCAUGCCCAGGCUCACACUCCGCACCCGCUGUCAACAGCGAACACCGUCAUCAGCUUGCUUAUACCACUCCAGAACGCUGCCUUCCUCCUCAUCAGUGGCAGCAGCAUCAUUAGGUGCGAGGACAUAUUAUCUGGCUCGCUGCAUGAAACGUCCUGCGAAGACAUGGACUUAGACGCAAGGUGCGCAGGACUGUCACCUAUGGAACCGGUUUGGACGAGCUGGUGCCGCCCGCAGCGAAAUCGUGCAGCGGCUCGGAACAAAGAUCACAUCUAUCUGAUCCGCGAAGACGGCUUGGUUUUCCUGCUCCACGCAGCCGUAAACAGUGGCCUUACAGCAGACCGCGCUGGCCACUUUGACUGUCAUGUUGGCACGGCGUUUGCCUCUCUUGGUGGGCCAGACGAUCCAGACAUCCUUGCGGUUGCUGGUGAAAUGAGCACGGGGCGCGUAGUGGCUAUCGGGCACUUUCCAACAAGGAAUGGCAGGGUCAACGAACUCAGUAGGCUUGAUACGAUGAGUUUGGAGCUCAUCCAGACGAUCCCGAACUGGGCUUCUGUAACAGACAUGGUUGCCACCAGGUUACCGCAGUCGCAUGGAAGGUCAGCUCGCUCGAGAGACGGACUGUUCGUUACCUCAGGACGCGAGCCGUACGGCAGUAUCACCGAGCUGCGUUUCGGUCUGGAAGCUCGUCUAUCAACCUUCUUUACCUUGGAGAACCUACAUGUGGUGACCUCAAUGUGGUCACUACCUCUAGCCUCCGAUGGCUCGCUCCUAAUCGUACUGGCAACCCCUACAUCGACCCGUUUCUUGCAGAUUCCUGAGGACGAUGAUCCUGCAGAGCUCGGUCCAGACGAUGUCUCUGCGCUUGAUGCGGACUACCGCACACUUGCAGCAGCUUCGACGGUCGACACACAGCUUGUACAAGUCACCGAUAAAGGCAUCGCUGUGACUGGCAGCUUGAUCGCUAACUUCGAAGACACCAUUCAUAGGCGUUGCACAAGCGAGGAGACGAUCGUCGCCGCAGUAAUUGACACUAGCUUUUCCCGAAUCUAUACAGCUGAGGUAAAAAAUGGAGAAUGCAUUCUCUGUGCCACUACGAUUCCGCCCGUGGACGCCGAAGACAGCGAUGUCAACACUUUGGACCCGCACAAGGUUGCAAGUUUACCAUCACCACCUCUAGCACUUGCUGUGGAUCGUGCUCAAGGGCAGCUAUUCAUGGUCGUUGCAACGGCUGAAGAUGGCAUUCUGUGCUUGACGGGUGAUAGCGAGACUGCGCUGAGCGAAGCCUGCCGCAUCUCCACAAACGAGGAUACGGAAAAUCGCACACCGUGCGAUAACCUUGCCAUUCUAUGCACAACGGAGAGUGACCGCGUUCUGGUUGUCUGCGGGCUGCGUGACGGCAGGCUGCUGUGCUCAACCAUCGAAGUUGACCAAUACAAGGUUUUGCGCUGCGCAGAUACGCAUGUCUCCGGGUUCAGCCACAGCAGCGUCAGGCUGGCUUCUCUUCCAGGCAGGCCGCAUCAGGCCUAUGCUAUGAGCAGUACAGAUACUUGUCUCCUCAGCUGGACGGGUGGUAGCGCAAAGUCAAUGAUCAUUGACAAUAUCUGGGUCGUUGACAAAGAACAGCCAGAGCUCGCGCAGGGUCAACUAUCCGCAUGUGCACAAUGGCCACCACCCGACCAUAUCGACUCCGAUGAAGGCGAGACCAUGAUGCUUGUUAUGGGCGACGAGUUCAUGAUGGUGGAAUUGGAUCGGAUGCCGUCAGCGGUAGCCCGACAGCUUCCCGUCAGUGGUACACCGACCCGUGUCAUAUACGCAGAGCAACACAGGAGUCUCGUCGUGGCGUCUAUUAGGACUACAAUCAGAACCAUACCAACAGCGGCAUCUCGCGCAGAGGAGAAGCGGCAGAUCUGGCCUGCAAUCGACUUCAUUCCCUCCCGGGCGAACGAGCCGUCUUUCACAUUCGACAUGCAGCCUGGCGAGCGUGUCUUCAGCCUACUUGAGUGGUCUUUCACCGCGGACAACAAGACGUACUCGUUCGUUCUCAUCGGCGGAAGCUACAUUCGCAGAUCUGGAGCACAAGGUGGAAGGGUGACCUUCCUCCAACCCAGACUGCGCAAUUGGGAAGUCGUCACUGCCGAAAUGGGCACGGUCAUCAAACUUGAUGACCCGGUGUACGCACUGUCGCUAUUUGACGAGCUGACAUUCGUGGUAUGCUACGGCACACUGAUCUGCUUGUAUCGCUUUGAUUCGGGAGCCAGCAAGUGGGAGCCGCUGUGUGUGCCAUACAAGCUUGCAAGUCCGGGUGUGUACGUGUCGGUGGAUGCAGCAAUCAUCGCUAUCUCGACUAUGAGCGACUCGCUUGUGAGAUUGCGACUGAGUACGGACCGCACGGAAGCCCAAGGCCGACCGCGCCUGCGCGUUGUUGAGACUGCACCGCAAGGCCACAGCUCCCUAAGCCACCUGAUACUGGACCUAGGCGACGAGAGUAAGCCACGCCUCAGUUUGCUGUCGACGAAAUACGGUCAGCUUGUGGGAAUGACAGCGCAUCCGACGGUUGCGGAUGGAGAAGCAACCCUUCCUACUGCCUCCAACAUCAUCUUCGAAGCUCGCUCACCUCGCUCAUUUAUGCGACUACGACAAGCCAACGUGCGCCCGAAGUGGAAGCCUUCGCCGCCCACUGGCGUCUUGCUCAAUGACAUCGUAGCGGCAGCGGUCGAUGGCACUUUAAUCGGAGUGGCCGUGCUUGACGAGCGACUCUGGCGACGCCUUUCGUGGUUGCAAAGACUAUGCGAGUGGAACGGGCUUAUCUCACCGCACUCGUACGAAAGCCCGCUGUACGACCUCUCCGAGUCCGGCUUCGCGCGAGAUCAGAGGGCCUUGCCUAUGGGCUUUAGCUCCAAGUUGUCAAGGAAUGAGAUUGUGGUACGGACUACUGUACCGACACCGGUCGACAAGCAUAUUGAUGGCGACGUUCUCGCGCGGCUAUUCAGUCAUGGAGGCGCUAGGACCUUGCGUACGAUUCUGCGGCAAACGGCGGAGCGCGAAGAUAGAAUCGGCGCGUGGAUGCGUGAGCAUCUGGAUGAGGAACUCGAUGCUGUCGACGAUAUGAUGAGCAUAGUGCAGCAUUUGUUGGACGGCUGGUUGUGA